AUGUUAUCCAGUUUGAAGGCAAGAACAUCUUCGGUCGCACAGAGAGCCGUUCAGGCUGAAAGAGAUGCGUUGACUCGAUGUGCCAUGAGAAACGAGGCUCUGACAACUUGUGUAUUCAAGUACAAUCGACCUUUCUCAAGUCUGGCUAGACAACCGAUUUCCUCGCCACGGAGUAAGACUAGCCAAUCAUCGAUCUUGAAGACGAUUCCUCAGUUGUCUGUUUUACAGUCUCGUAUGUUUUCUACAUCUCAGCCACGUGCAAUUCAGAUGAGGAUGGAUCCAAAACAACAGGAGCAGGAACCUGCCCUCAAAAGGUUUGGUACCGACUUGACAGAGAUGGCAAAAGCGGGAAAACUAGAUCCUGUCAUUGGCAGAGACGAUGAAAUCAGAAGGACUAUUCAGAUUUUGUCCAGGAGGACUAAGAAUAACCCUGUUCUUAUUGGUAAUGCGGGUACCGGUAAGACCGCUAUCAUCGAGGGUCUUGCCCAGCGUAUAGUUAAGGGAGAGGUGCCUGAGUCUAUGAAGGGGAAGCAAGUUAUUGCGUUGGAUUUGGGAUCGCUUAUUUCCGGUGCUAAGUAUAGAGGAGAAUUCGAAGAGAGAUUAAAACAGGUGUUGAAAGAGGUUAACGAUACGAUUAUCUUGUUUAUUGAUGAGCUACAUAUCUUGCUUGGUUUGGGUAAAAGCGAAGGCUCUAUUGAUGCAUCGAACCUGUUGAAGCCUGCAUUGUCUCGUGGUCAGCUUCAGUGCUGUGGUGCCACUACCAUCGACGAGUACAAGAAGUACAUUGAGAAGGACACGGCGUUGGCACGUCGUUUCCAGCCUAUUCUAGUCAAAGAACCUACCGUUCAGGAUACUAUCAGUAUUUUGAGAGGUUUGAAAGAGAAAUAUGAGGUUCAUCAUGGUGUUAGAAUCCAAGAUAACGCUUUGGUGACUGCAGCAGUUUACUCUAACAGAUACAUUACCGACAGGUUUUUACCGGAUAAGGCAAUCGAUUUGGUGGAUGAAGCCUGCUCUGCGUUGAGACUUCAGCACGAGUCUAAGCCAGAUUCUAUUCAGGAAUUAGAUAGGGCAAUUAUGACCAUUCAAAUAGAAUUGGAAUCGCUCAGGAAAGAGACUGAUCCUGUCAGCCGUGAGAGACGUCAAAAGUUGGAAGAUAUGUUGAAGUCCAAGAAUGAGCAGCUUGCUAGAUUAACCGAUAUUUGGGAAUCACAAAAAAAGGAGCUAGACGAAAUCAAGGAGUUAAAGAAGGAGUUGGAAAAGAAUAGACACGAGUUGGAGAUGAAGCAGAGUGAGGGAAACUUUGCUGAGGCCUCUAAAUUACAGUACGCUACAAUUCCUGAGAUGGAACAGAAGUUGAACAAAUUGGUAAAGAAACAGGAUGCUGCUGCUAAUACAGAUGAAGGUGGAGUAGAACCAUUACUUCACGAGUCUGUUACUUCUGACGAUAUUUGUAAAGUGGUGUCGAGAGCUACGGGAAUUCCUGUACAGAACAUGAUGCGCGGAGAAAAGGAUAAAUUGUUGUACAUGGAGGAUGCACUUAAGGCCCGUGUCAUUGGACAGAAUGAAGCCAUUUCAGCGAUUUCCGAUGCUAUUCGUAUGCAACGUGCAGGACUCACCAGUGAAAGGCGUCCUAUUGCCUCGUUCAUGUUCUUGGGCCCUACUGGUACCGGUAAAACUGAAUUGACCAAGGCGUUGUCUGAGUUUUUGUUUGGCGAUGAUAACGCUGUGAUUAGAUUCGAUAUGUCAGAGUUCCAGGAGAAACAUUCGAUAAUGAGAAUGAUUGGUGCACCACCAUCAUAUAUUGGCUACGAAGAAGGAGGUGAAUUAACUGAAAAGGUCAGAAGGAGACCUUAUUCUGUAGUGUUGUUCGACGAGUUUGAAAAAGCUCAUCCUGACAUCUCAAAAUUGCUCUUACAGGUGUUGGAUGAGGGUAAGUUGACGGAUUCUCAAGGUAACCAAGUGGAUUUCAGAAACACAUUGAUAAUCAUGACAUCGAAUAUCGGUCAAACUAUAAUGCUUUCGGACCAUCCUGAUAAACAGCAGAUUAACUCGUUGUUGAAACAGACAUAUGCUCCGGAGUUUAUCAAUAGAAUUGACGAUAUUGUGAUCUUUAACAAGCUUUCAGAAAAGGCAUUGAGAAAGAUUGUGGAUUUGAGAAUUAACGAAAUUCAGGAGAGAUUGAAUGACAGAAGAAUUGAAUUGAACCUUAGCAACAGUGCAAAAGAAUGGUUGGCCAGAAAUGGAUACGAACCUCAGUAUGGUGCCAGACCUUUGAACAGAUUGAUCAAGAGAACAGUGUUGAAUCCAAUGUCCAAGAUGUUGUUGAAAGGAGAGAUCAAGAACAACAUGAUUGUGAAUGUGGAUGUUAAAAAAGAUCAGUUAGCAUUUGAUACCGUUGUCAAGAAGCAUAGGGAUGGAGAAAAAGAAAAGGACCAAGAGGAUCCAGAUAAAAAGCAGCACAUUUGA